AUGUUAGACGAUAAACAAUCGUCAAUAAUCCGUCCCAAAGCUGUACCUCCAAUGUUUACGCCGGUUUUGCCACCUAAUACUCAGUCAACAACAUCGUCGUCAGCAGCAAUGACCAAUAAUAGCCACAAUCGAACAUCUCAACAAGCUCUCAUUGAGAUGGGUCUUAUGAUUCGUAAACAUGAUCCGGACGCGUCUCGCUUAUACGAUUGUAUCGGUCAAGUGAAAGUCUUUUCUUACAAUUCAACAGAUCUGCGCUGGGAAAAUUCACCUAAUAUCGAAGGUAACCUAUGUGCAUACGAGCGGCAACAAGUAGUCAACAAUAAAAUAUCUCCUUCUUAUGCAUUUGCAAUCAUUAAUGGAGAUAAAAGUCUUAUACAGCCUAUUACCUCGGAUAUGGCACAGCAUGCCGACAAGUUGCGUUUAUUCUAUGAAGUUGCUCGCAAUGGUCGACGGGAAGUAUUUUGCUUACAUUUCUUGACAGAGGCUGAAUGUCUUCGGUUACAUGGAUUUCUCACUCGAUGUAUUCAAGCUCUGAAAACCCUUCAAGAACAACAACAAUCAGCCCCUGUAAUUGCACCUGUGGCUUCACUCCAGUCUCAUUCGCAAUUGAACGGACAAAUAACAUCGACUGUAGCUAUGCAACAAACGCCAACAAAUGUCUAUCGACAACAAAUUCCGCAGCAGCAACACUCUAUAAUAUCAAAUUCAACAAUUGCGACAACCCCUCAAUUUGCGCCGUCUCAUGUUAAUCAUAAUCAAACACCCACUCGAUUAACUGCUUCGUCCAUUCUCGCUGCACAACAACAGCAGCAGCAGCAGAAUCACAUCAAUUCCUUCCCCUCUCAAAUACCAAUCGAUUUAAUGAAUACGAAUUUAAUGCGUUUAACUCCGACAACUCCUGUAACUACGAUGGCUCCCGUCGAAGUACCCAAACCAAUCGAACAAAUUCAAUUUCCUCCUUCACCUAUCCCACUUACAAAUGGUAAUAAUAAUAAUUCGGAAGAUCCAACAUCAUCACUCAAACGACUUCUCAAUAUUCGCGGUCAAAGUGGAUUAGAAAAUCUUUCACUCGACGAUGGGCCCGUAUUGCCUAAACAAACCACACCACAAAAUCUGCUCGACCUCAUGCCACCAUCCGCAUUUGAACCAAUUGCAGCUACUCCACCUUCACCAGUUGUUGCUAUUGGUGCCGAACGUGUUAAACACCGUCUAUCGACUCAACUGAAUCCAAUUAUAUCUCGAGAACAUUUUCGUAAUGUUCUUCUUCAUCUCGUUCAAAAUGAUGAGCAUUUCCUUGAUAUCAUAUAUCAAGCAUGUCUUACCCAUCCUCCAUCUUCACAAUAA